AUGGGUAUAAAAAAGAAGACUCGGAAAUUCGCUCAGGUGAAACGUGCUAUUACCAAGCGUGAUGAGCGCCUAAAACAACCCGCCACUAGCAACAACAAGCAGGACAACAAACACAAGGAAGAUGAAGUGACCCGACAUGUCCCCAAUGCCCCAUCGAAUAUGUUCUUCAACGCAAAUACCUCUCUCGGACCGCCAUACCACGUUCUUGUAGAUACCAACUUUGUGUCCCAUUCUAUCCGAGCAAAGACGGACCUACUCACAUCGAUGAUGGACCUGUUAUAUGCAAAAUGUAUCCCGACAUUCACAGACUGCACAAUUGCCGAACUCGAGAAACUUGGGGAGAAGUUCCGGUUAGCGCUGCGGGUAGCGAAGGAUCCUCGAUGGGAGAGAGUCCGAUGCAGUCACAAAGGUACAUAUGCAGAUGACUGCAUAGUUGACAGGGUUACGAAACAUAGGAUCUACAUUGUCGCUACCAACGAUAAAGACCUCGUUCGUCGCAUCCGCAAGAUCCCCGGUGUACCGGUCAUGAAAGUUGCCAGAGCUAAAUUUGUCAUCGAGAGAUUGCCUGACCACUUCGAAUAA